AAAUCUCCCAAUCUGAUCAGUGUAUGUGGUGAGGUGGAUUAGCUAACUGACCAACGGAACAGGAGCAGGACACACAGGUUCUCAGGUGCUUUCCACAACAAACCUGGUUCUCCCACACCAUAAAAUAAGAAACUUUCAGAGGUAUCAGACCACAGAGCUAUUGGAAAAUAGCUUUUCUGGGACAUGCUGCUUUUAAUUCAAAAGAGUUAAACUUACUCACAUCAGACAGGUUGAAGUCUAUUUAUUCAACCUCAAACCAUCCUCAAAGAGUGCUGAAAAUGGGACACAAGUGCACCUCUAAACCCUCGUCGUUACAAACACUCAUCCUCUCCACCAUCCUCCUCUUCAACUCCCCUACCGCUGCCAUGCCAGGGCCUGACUAUGGAGGCCAACCGCGGUUCAUCUGCAUUCCCGUCCCUGCCGAUACCGACCCUGCCUGCUUCCCCUCUGGGGGGCCAGUCAUGGGGCCUAGCGGGGCAGGGCACCACAUGCCUCCUGUAGGGCCCCCGAACAAUAAUGGCUGGUGGGGAAUGACAGAGGAGGCUAAAACCACUAUUUUACACCUGAGAGAAAGCCUGGUGCAGCAGAAAGAGACCAUCCUGGAUAUGAGAGAGACCAUCAGGGAGCUGACUGCCAAGCUCACCCUGUGUGAGGGCUCUGGACCGGGCAUCGUGGCUCACAACGACCACCAUGAACCUCCAUCUCAUCACGGAGGGGUUGUCAGCCAACUGCCUUACGCUGACAAUGGUCACCAUGGCAACCAGCAGGGUCACCAUGGAAACAACAACCAUGCCUUGGAUGCAGCCGGACACUACCCUGGGAAUGGGGGGCACCAUUCGGACAGUGAGCAUAACAACAGGGGGAAGGAUAAACACGCAACACCAGAGGAUAUGAUAUCAUCAAAAUCGCCGGAAGAACUGGGUAGGAUGCUGCAGGCCCUUAAAGAGAGAAUGGAUAACCUACAGCAGUCAAGGAACACCUCCACCACCUACUCCAGCUCUCUGAAGGAGCUCCUCCAGAGGAAGAUCAGUGCUCUGGAGCAGCAGAUGCACCACACCGCUGCUGCCCUCAGCAGCAGCCCCAAUCACCAUGACGACAGCGAUCACCACGAUGACGGGCACCAUGAAGACCACGACGAUGACGGGCAUCACGACGACAGUCACCAUGACGACCACCCCGAUGAUCACCAUGACAAUGGGCAACAGGACAACGAGGCAGAUAGCCAUGGUUACCUGCAGAGAACGGGUUAUCACAUACCAGGGCCCAGGGCUGGCCUGCACUCCAACAACAAACUGGACUCUCUACUGAAUAACCUGCACCACACAGGUACCAACAGCAGGAAGAAGACCAAGAACCCUGAUGCCUUCCAGAUCGGUUUCCCCAUGAGAACCAACUACAUGUACGGGAAGGUGAAGACGACCCUCCUCCACGAGAUCUUUGCCCUCACCCUGUGUCUGUGGAUAAAGGGGGGCGCAGGCCCCGGGCUGGGGACCCCCUUCUCCUACUCUGUACCAGGACAAGCCAACGAACUGCUGCUGAUCGAGUGGGGCAACAACCCCAUGGAGCUGUUGGUGGAUGACAAGGCAGUGACUCUGCCCCUUUCUAUCAGCGAUGGAAAGUGGCACCAUGUGUGUGUGACAUGGUCGACGAGGGACGGUGAGUGGGAGGCGUACCAGGACGGGGUGAAGAGGGGCUCUGGGGAGAACCUGUCCGCAUGGCAUCCCAUCAAACCUGGAGGGGUCUUCAUCCUCGGACAGGAACAGGACACUCUGGGAGGUCGUUUCGACGCCACGCAGGCGUUUAUGGGGGACAUCUCUGACCUCCAGAUGUGGGCUAAUGUCCUCACGGCCCAUGACAUCUACAGCCUGGCCUCCUGCAACAGCCACCUCAGCGGGGACGUCAUCACCUGGUCCGAGAACGUGGUGGAGCUCCACGGAGGGGUCACCAAGUACCCCUUCGACCCCUGUCACUAAGGGCAACCAACUAUUAUGACAUUACCAAUGGAUCCAUAUCACACACAUACUUAAAAGUACUCCUAUCGAAGAAGGAUUUUUUUCCGAUCCAGAGGGGGUAUGAGAUCACACAGGAUAGAGAAUCCACUCCACUUAAUAUUACCACCUGACUAAAACUAUGCCUUCCUUUUAGUCUGAAAGACGGUAGACCCCCAUUCCCAGAAACUGUGUUAUGACUAUUAUGGAAUUAAAUGUUUUGAUAAUGAAAUGGACUCUACUGUAUAUACAGUGCCUUCAGAAAGUAUUCAUACCCCUUGACUUAUUCCAUAUUUUGUUGUGUUACAGCCUGAAUUCUAAAUGUAUUAAAUUAUAACAAAUGUUCAUCCAUCUACACAC